AUGCGUAAUACCUCAUCAGGAAAGCCGUUACCUUGGCUGCAAUCUUCCGCGCUCUCUUCCUCUUCCUUCCUCCCUCCCCCGUUCCGAAGAGACGCGCGCUUUACGGUUGGUGAUUGUUACAGCCGCCGUUUCCAGCCAGUCUGGGAGCUGGUCUCUCAGGGGCCUGUUUUCAUUUGCUGGCGGGAGAGUGAAUUGGUGGUGGCUAAUGCCAUCUCCCAAACGUUCCCUUCCCUUCUUGACCCUUGCUGACAAGGAUGAAGAGGCUAAAGGGGAUGCUAAAGUUGAGGAAGAAGAAAACGGCAGAGCCGGAGCUCCUGCGUCCCUCUAGCGAUCCGGCCGUCGAGUUGCCCCUGUCGGCCUGCGCCUCCUCCCUUGCCAGUGACGGCGCCUAUGUGGUACGGAGGAAAGAGUUGGGCCAGCUACAUCGGGCAGCGGUCGACGGGAACAUGGGCGAUUUGUUGCGGCUUGUAUACAAGCAUGACAUCAACGAGCCGGAUAAAGACUCCAGAACACCUUUGCAUCUUGCUUGCGCCAAUGGAUAUACAGAUAUUGUCACUUUCUUGGUAGAUCACAAAUGCCACCUAAAUCUCUGUGAUAAUGAAGGGAGAACUCCGCUAAUGAAGGCUGUGCAAUGCCAGCAGGAAUUUUGUGCAAUUUAUCUGCUUGAGCACGGAGCAGACUCUAAUAUUUUGGAUAUUCACAAUAACACUGCUCUCCACUUCGCUGCCUCUAAUUCUAGCUUAUCUAUAACAAAACAUCUGCUUGAACAUAAAGCUGAUAUUGAAGCACAGAAUGAGGAUGGGAGCACACCUUUAAUUGUUGCUGUCAUUGAAAAUAAUCGAGAAAUGGUAGAGUUUCUUCUGGAAAAAGGAGCUUCUGUACAUGCUACAGAUAAUCUAGGAAGAACUCCCCUGUUGACUGCCGCAGCUGAUAAAAAACGUGAUUUAACAAACAUUCUCCUUCGACAUGGAUCAGAUGUCUUUCAUAGGGAUGGAAGUGGAUGGUCAGCCAAGGAAUAUGGGCUGAAUAGUGGAGAUGCCAUUCUUUUGCAAUACAUAGCUGAAUAUUCCAGCUUGAAAAAUAGAGAAGAGGAUUCUCCUGAUGAUCAGAAAGUCUUGUCUGUAUUGAGCUGCCCAGAAACAGCUGGAGAUGCUGGCAUUAUGUUGGGUGCACCUGCUACAAAUAAAGAAGUUACCGAUGACCAUUCUUUUGGAGAUUCAGUAAGAGAUUCUGGAAAAACAGAUAAUGACAGCUGGCUUUCUUCAGAAGAUGAAGAAUUAGAUUUCAGUCCCAAGAAACCACAGAAACCCAGUUUGGCUCAGAUAAUAAAUAUUUCUCAACAAUUCAAGAAAACCAUAUAUGAGAAAAGUAGUGUUAUCAGACCAGAACAUACAGCCAUUUCACAACAGAAUAAAUCAAAUUAUGAAGCUGAAGAUCUGAAUGAAUCCUUUCCUACGCCUUUGCUCCAAGUUCAAUCCUUACCUCGUCCUGUUCAGUCCUCACCUGACUCCUUUUCAAAAUGUCCCCAGAUGACUUCUAACUUGGACUCUAAGCAGGGAGAAUCUUCAGAGGAAGAUGAUGAGCAAGAAGAUGAUGAUGAAGAGGAGAAUCGAAAAAUUUCAGAUGUUGUCGAUAAAAAUUUGAUUUAUAAUGAGAGCUCUGAGAAACCCUCACAAGACGGUGGUGUUAAAAGGGCUGCAUUGACAUCAGGAAUGAACGGAGGAGAGGAAGAGAACGUUGCAGAAUCUCCAUGGGAUUCAGAGCCAAAGUUUGAUAAAGCAAACUUGGAACAUGAUGCUAAUCUUCAUCUUUUAAAAGGGAUGGAGACCAGAGAAAAGCAAAAAUCAGAUUUAAUGGAAGAACUUGGUUUAGACGGUGCAGAUGAUAUUGAAGAUGCUUCUGACUGGGAUUCUGCCAGCAUUUCACUGAAGAUUGUUCCCUCUGCUAAACCCUUGAACUUAUUGAUGGGAGAAGGUGCAUCUCCACUACAAUUAGCAACAAGAGAUGAUGCAACCAAAACUCCUGUUACAGUGAGAGCAGAAUUCUCUGAUGUUCGAAUAAUAAGUGCUUCAGAAGAUCAGCAAUGUAAUAAACAAAAGGGCAUCAAAGAAUUUGAAAGAGAUCAGAAACAGGAUAAAAGUGUAAUAGACAUACCCAACUCUAUUGAAAAACCAUCACCUGAAAAUCAGACUGACAUGGCAGAGAUUUCAUAUUCUUGUGAUGACAAGAAAACUGAAGCAGUCGUUCACAAUGAGGAAUCUAAUGAUAAAGACGCUCAUUUUAAUUCAACACUGUGGGAAGAAAGAUAUGAAAAAAUGUGGGUUGCAAAUGAAAAAAGGGAAGUCAAAACAAAUUUUAAGAGCGUUACAGCAGAACUAAAGCAGAUAUUUGGUGAAACGAAUGUAAAUGAGAAAAUAUGUAAUACUGCUGUGGAACGAAGAUCGCAAGAUGGCUUCUGUGGUGUAUUAGAAGGCAUAAAAGAAUUGCCAUCACCUCAUCUGUCUAAAGCUACUGUUGGUGUACAAGGAAAGGGUGAUAUUGGAGAAUCAGUGCCUGUUAUUACAGAAAUGGAAUUCAGUAUUGAAAACUCCAUUUUAUAUUCUCAAAAUUCCAUUUCUCAGAAGCUUCUUUUUAAACUGAGUGAAAAUGGGAACCAAAACAUUGAGCAUCGUUGGAACACAGUUGAUGAGGUACUGUCUAAUAAUGCAGGAAGUACCAAUAUAUGUGAAGAAAGGAGUGACAAUAUAUUUGAACACUUGGAAACAUAUGAGGGUGUGAAGACUUCAGCUCCAAUAAAAUGUCCUAAUCAUUCACCAUUGCAUAGUUCUAAAGAUAUUGUUUCAGAUGCAACUUUUAAAACUGCACAUCUCAAACAACUGAUCAUGACAGACAAUACAAACAUACAUUUUGAUGUAGCAAAAAAUACGAGUCAUGAUACUCUACACCAUUUUAAAAAUGGUGUUAGCAGGGGUAAAAAUACUGAUACUGAGAUUGGAAAUGAAGUGAGGAACUCUGAACAAGCCUUCCAUCAAACAUCAAAAAAAGAACUGGAUGAAGAACUGAAACGUGAUGUAGCAAGAUUUAAGAAUGAGGUAGGAAUGCUGCAGAAAGUGUUCCUGACUUUGGAGAAUGAAAAAGCUCAGCUACAAAAAGAGGUUGAAGAGGAAAAAAGAAAGCAGAAAUGGGAGGAAGUGGAGGCCGCUGGAAAAAAAGAAACUGCAAAUAUUGAAAAAAAGUUGACUGUGAAUAUUGUACAGAAGAUGGAGCAAAACCCCUUGGAAAAUGAAAAACAACAUAUUAAAAUAGACGGUGAAAUAGCAGAAGAAAGCCAAGUAAUGGACAUAAUUUCCUCAGCAGAUAGAAAGAGGUUAAUUCCAGUAUCUUUUAAGGAGAAAAAUCUAAUUGCUAAGGUGAAAGAUGUUGGGAAAAGUGAAAAUAAAAGUUGGCUUUCAACGCAAAGAACGAGUCAGGAGAUCACUGAAAAUCUACAUCAGCUGCAGGAUGAUAGCAGUUUAAGUGAAGCAUCUAUGAAAGAAGAGAGACAUUCAGCCAGAGCUGUGAGUGAAAAGAAUAAGAUCUAUAGAGCAAUGCGUAUUAUCAAUGAUUUUGAUGACUUAACUCAGUCUUCAGAUACAGCUACAGAGGAUAUUGAAUUUCCUACUUUAGUCUACAAAGAUGCUAUGAUGUUGAUAGAACAACUUAGUUUGGAUAGUAAAGCAGAUUCUGUGAGUCUUCUGAAAAUUCAAAAUAUCUUUCAUGAAUAUGAAAGCUUGAUAGAACAUGAAAGGGGACAUUCUAUUCAUCUCCAAGAAAAAGUAAAAAAAAAUGAGAAUGAGAAAAAAGAGCAGCAGAGAAUACUGGAAGAUAUGAGAGAAAUGAAAUCCACACUGGAUCAUCAAAAAGUUGAGCGGGAAAGUAUUAUCAGCAGUCUCAAAUUUUCUUUGAAACAAGAAGAAGAAAAAAAGAUGGGUGCAGAAAGGUUGUACGAGGAAAGCCAAGAACAGUUAAGGCAGAAAGAGCAGCAGUACUGUAAACAGAUGGAAGAAAAACAACAGCUUGAGUUAAUGCUAAGAAAUCUGGAAAUGGAGUUGAGAACGCUGAAAAACCACCUGAAACAGAUUGAAGAAGAACGCAAUGAAGCACAGCGUCAGCUUUCUCAGGAACAGAAUGCUAGAGCUCUGCAAGAGAGUAUUUUGAAUACCCAGCUCUGGAGGCAGAAGGAAUUAACAGAAUUGAAAAAAACAGCAACUAUACAACCAGAGAUGACUGAUAAUCAUGACCAAGAAAAGGAACUGUUAAAUAAAAAUCAAAUACUCCAAGAUGAGAUUGAUGUUUUGAGAUUAGAGCUUGACCGCAUAAGGGCUCGGCACCAGGAGGAAGAAGCCAGAUAUUUAGAAGAAAAUGAAGCUUUGAAAGAAAAAACAGAAGAACUUAGAAAAGAGCUGAAACUGAAUGAAGAGGCUUUGACUCAAACAGUUUUUCAGUACAAUGCACAAAUAAAUGUAUCAAAAACAGAAAUUGCAAUCCUAACAUCCAAAUUAGAGCAUCUCAAAGAAAAUAAAGAAAGAUUGGAGAUAGAACUUGACUCAUUUCGUUCCCGCUUGAGUUCUGCUGUUCAGGAACUUGAACGAUGUCAAAUAUCUAAAAAUGAACUUGAACGAACACUGCAACGAGAGUGUGAUGAUUGGGUUCGCUUAAAAGACAAAUUGAAUCACGAUCUCUGCCAUUUACGGGAAACAAACAAUGGCAUGUCUCAGCAGCUAAGUAAAGCUGAAAGUAAAGCUAAUAGUCUUGAAAAUGAACUUCACCGUGUAACACAUAGUCUUAGAGAAAAGAGCUUGCAACUGGAAAGUAUUCAAAGGGAUUUAAGUCAGGCACAGUGUCAGGUGAAAGAACUUGAAAAUACACGGCAAGGUGACAAGGAUCAAAUGAACAAAUAUAUUGUAAAGCAAGAAACUAUGCAGGAACGAUUGGCACAGCUCCAAAGUGAAAAUCUUCUACUCCGCCAGCAAUUUGAAGACUUUCAAAACAAGGGUAUUAUCAAAGAAAAAGUAGUGAGUGAUGUCCAAGAUCGAUUCAAUGAUAUUUUCAGUAAACUGAGAGCUGAUACUGAAAAGCAAGUGCAGAUGAAGGAAGAGAUAAAUAAGGAAUUAAUUACAAAAUGCAAUCAUUUAAAGGAGCAAGUCAUAAAAUAUGAAGCAGAAAAAGUUGAUAGAGAGAGUUCAGUAAGGCACCUUCAGCAAGAACUUGCAGAUUCUUUUAAAAAACAGUCUAUGUCAGAAGCUUCACUGGAAGUGUCUACGCGUUACCGUAUUGACCUAGAAGAGGAUAAGCAACAGCUUCAAAAGGAAUUAGACAGGAUAAAAUCCAAGCUGCAAGAGUCAGAAGAUCAGUAUCUUCAGUCUGAAAGACGCAUCCAUGACUUAAGAAAUGCUUUGGAUGCAAAAGAACAUGAAGCAAAUGUGGCAUCUCAAAAAUUGCAAGAUCUCUUAGUAGCAUCAUCAGGAACAAGUAAUGCUAUAAAACAAUUAGAAGACCAUAUACAGAGACUUGAAAUUGAAAACGCCAGGUUGGAAGCAACAACCACUCAACAAGCUAGUAGAAUUGAGAUACUUCAGAAGGAUCUGCAGAAUAGUGCCUCAGUUCACAGUCGUCUUGAGGAACUAAUUAAUGGCUUACAAAUAGCAAAAAUCAAUUUAGAGGAGCAACUAAACCACCAGGUCCAGAAGCAAGCCAUAUGCUCAGUAAAUGCACAAGGUACUCACAAUAUGUGGGAAGAAGAACUGAAGUCAAAAUCAAAACUUGGAGUUCGCCUUUCUGAGCUUGAUAGAGAAAAGACUGAGGUAAUGGCUCAGUUGGAGCAUGAAAAGAAAAAAGUGAAGAAGUUAGUAGAAUUAAAACGAUUGGUGGAAAUACGGUUAGAGGAAGAAAUGAAGAGAAACCGAGAAUUACAAAAAGAAUGUAGUGGAGUCAGAAAGCUUCUUAAAACAACUAAAAAGAAGCUAAAAGAAUAUGAGAGUGGAGACAGUUCAUCUCAAACUAGUUUUCAUGGAGCAACAAAGAACAGAUACUCAGAAAGUGACACUGAAAUUGAAAAAUUAAGAACAAAGGUGGAGAUUGAGUCAACAAGAUGUGCACAGUUAGAAUCUACAAAUCAUGAACUACGUGAACAGUUAUCUUCUAUGAAAUUACUGGAGAAAACCAAAACGCAACUAGAAGAAGAUAUAUCUAACCUCAAAUGCCAUGUACAGGGCAGUGUGAUAGACCUCAACCAAAUGGAGCAGUACAAGAGAGAUGUUGAAGAGCGAGCUAGGCAAGAAAUAAGACAAAAACUAGAAGAAGUCAAUGUGUUUUUGCAGACACAGGCAGCCUCACAAGAAACAAUGGAACAAAUAAGAGCUAAUAAUUAUGCUUCCUUGAGAAAUCAGCUGGAAAACAGAAUAAAAGAUCUAGAAUCUGAGCUGGCCAAACUGAGAAACAGACAGCAAGACAACGUCUUACAAAAAGAGUCUGUGCGUUCAGAAUUGGAAAGAUAUAAAGGACUGUACUCCGAAGAACUAAAAAUGAGAAAGUCUUUUGGAAGUAAAUUGGAUCGAGCUAAUGAGAAAUUGGCAGAAGCCAGCACCAAGCUCUUACAUGAGCGUCACAGGAGCAAGUCUUUACUUGCUAACAGCUUUAUAAGUGGAAGUCUUUCUUCAAGUCCUGUCUUGGAAACAGUUCAGCUGGGAAAUCUUAGCAGCAACUUAGCACUGAAUAGACCUCUUAGCCUUGGAGGUGCAUUCAUGAACCCAACUGGAAGUGUAGUGUCCUCAAAAACCAGAGUGGAAGCUUACCUGGCAAAGAUGCGGACAGAACUAGAAAAAAAUAUCUCCAAGGAAUUAGAACAAGCUACUGUUGAACUUGAUGCUGGAUCUGUUAGAGUUUCCCCUAUAGGAUCAAUUGACGAAUCAUCAAAACAAGAUCAAGUAUCCAAGGCCACACAGGAGUAUCUAGAUGUUUUAAAGAAAAACUACAUGAUUUGAGUAAACUGAAAGAAGCUUGUAGAGGAGACUUGUUAUAUAACUUUAUGAUGUUGAAUACAUAAAAUGUGAAUUUUUAUAGUUUUAAUUUUAUUAUAAAUUAUAAAUAUAUCAGACAUGUUGUACUUGUAUCUGGAAAAAUACUGUAUAGCCAUAUAGUUUCUUCUUUCAUUUGUGAUGAAAGCUGAAUUUUUUAGUGAAUACACACAAUGUUUUUCAACCAUUGACUAAGGCUGUAAUCCAAUACACACUUACCUAGGAGUGGGUCCCAUUGAACCCAAUAGAGCUUAAUUCUGAGUAGAAAUGUAUUGGAUUGUAGCCUAAGAUGUCUGAGGAUGAUGGAAGUUGUAAUCCAGCAUUAUCUGGGGACCCCAGUUUGAAGAACACUGCACUAGCCUGAAUAUGUUUUACAGAACUGCCCAUGUUAUCUUCUAUUACAGGUAGAUUUAAAACCAAAGCAUUUCCUGAAAUGUUUGGCAUAAUUUGCUACCUGGAAUUUUGUAUUAGAUUGAUAUGCUGAUCAGUAAGAGUUAAAAUAUUGUAGUUUUUAUUGGAUUUGUACUUUGUCAAGUAAUAGUUAAAAAUACUUGUGUGACACAUUUACCUUGUGCCCACUUCUGUACUCUGUACACUUUCCUACUUUUGUCACAAGUAUUUUUGUAUAGUUUAGGACUGCACCAUCAGGCAUUCAACAUUAGUGACUUUACCUGCAGUAUUUAAAUGUUCUAUGCUGGCAGUAAUGCCAGGAGACUUGACAUUUGUAUUUUUAAACAGUACAUAAAAUGCAUUGAAAUAUUUAAUUGAAUAAAACUGGUU